AUCACUUGUCCCCAUUUUCCAGCUUUUGUUCUCGGCCAAACCACAGCAAAGGAGAAUACUUGCACAUUCUCGUUUCCCACGAACGUCAUCAGCUACAAAACCAUCGACAUUCCAUCAUACGUUCCCUCCACCACUUACCAUCAGGCAAAAUGAACCCCCCGCCCUCCGUCGCCUCCCAUCUCCGACUCACCCAACAAAAGCCAUUGGUCUCUCGCCUUCUGGCCGUUAAGCCCUGUCCCAGCGGUCCUCCCUACACAUCUAGUCUUCAAAUCUCGCGCGACGAUCCGUUCCCCGUCCCGGGCCCCAAUGAAGUCUGCAUCCGUACCCGCGCCGUCGGCCUGAACCAUAUCGACUGGAAGAACUUGGAGCAUGAGAUCAUGGUCAAGCAAUGGCCGGAAGUCCUGGGGUUUGAAAUCGCGGGUGUUGUUGAGUUGAUAGGAAUGGAUGUGGACGCGAGACUGAAGGUUGGUCAGGAGGUGUUUGGGCUGAGCGGGCCGGUCGGCGUGAGGGGUGGGCCUCCUGGGAAGGGGGGACCUGGGGGACCUGAUGAUAAAGGUGGUGAUGGGAAGAAGAGUGCGGGCGAAGGAAAGGCGAAGAAAAGUGUGGGUGAAAUAUUGAUGGAAGAGGCCGAGAAGGCAGACAGCAGACUAGAGGAGAAAGGGUUUUGGACUGGAAGAGCUGGUGGGUUCCAGGAUGUGACGUGUGUGCACAAGAGUUGGGUUACCAGGAAGCCGGCAAGCUGGCUUUUUGAGUGGGCAGCUGGUGUCCCACUGGUCUACAUCACGGCUUGCUCGGCGAUUGUAUGCGGGCUAGGUAUUCAACUGCCCUUCCUGGCGAACAACAAGCCCGCCUUCGACGAUAGCUUACAUCUUGAGUCCCUGACAAUCGAUACGACUUCGCCCAUCGCAACCCACAACGACCCCAAGAAAACCGGUGCCGAUGAACUGAAGGACGUCCCUGAAAACAAGUUCGGCGUCAAGUCCGUCCUUGUCCUAGGCGGUUCAUCGGGAGUUGGCGGUUCGGCAAUCCAGCUCUUGCGCAUGGCGCUCGGCCCAAAGGCUGUCAUCAUCGCAACCAGCAAUAACGAGGACUCCUUCCACUGGCUCCAAAAGUGCGGAGCCACUGCCCAUUUACGUGGCGAAUUUGAAGCUCUUGCCGAGAAGGUCCGGCUUCUCACUGACGGAAAGGGAGUGGAUGCCAUUCUCGAUUGCAUUUCUGGGGCUGCUUGCCUUGAUGAUGGUCCCCCUACUCCACCGUCGGAAUGGUCGGAUGACGAUUCAGAGAUCACCAUCAAGGAUGUCCCAGAGUGUCAGACCACCAUCAAGGAUGAGCAGGAAUCGAAGGCCAUGUCAUUUUGGGACGUUUUUCGCGAAGAUGGACCCAAGCUGUACGCUGAAGUGGCUACGGGUCGGAAAGUCGAUGUCCCUACCGACAGGGGCAUCAAGGCGACACUGGUUUUUUCAAGAAUGAUUUUGAGUCAACCCGGUGGUGAGCGCGCACUUCAAGAGUUACCGGCGUUGAUUGAGUCAGGAGAGUUUAUAUUUCCGCACCCAGGAGGAGUUAAAGUUGUGGGCAAGGGGCUGGAGAGCGUUGCGCCGGCGUUGGCGGAACUGAGAGAGGGAAGCGGUGGGUGGAAGUUUGUGGUUGAGUUGUAG